AUGGACCGAAGAAGAAAGAAAAGCUCAAAACCUUAAUCAGCCUUAGACAGAGGUGGUGAUGAUGAUGAUCUCAAUAUUUUUGAAGAAGACCGCAUUUGCUUGGUAAAGUAUUGCAGAGAUAAAACACAUUACCAUCCACCUAGAAAGUAGUAAUAAUUCCCAUAGUUUAGCGUAGACUCGUAAAUAUAACCAAUGAAUGACAUUGGCUAAGGAACACCCUUUCCCUUGCCAUUAGUUAUUGAUAGAAAAGAACUGAAAUUUGGCGCAGAGGGUCAACUGGGAGCGGAUAAGAAAGUUGUUGUAACAGAAUUGGCAUUAGAUCAUUGGCUAGCGCAGAAUUACAAUCUCAAUAUUGAUUCAAUUCCACCAUACAGACCUUAGCACAUUCCUAAUGAACAAAUAAUCUCACCUUAGAGCUUAAAGUCAAGAACUUGGAUCUAGAUCUGCGUUUCUCAAAAACAGAUUCCUCAAUCAAAGAAAUAAUCAAGGCCAAAUAAACUAAUUAGAAACAGAUUAAAAUCUGAAAAUAUAAGAUUCUUAAGUAACAAUGAAAUUGAGCAAACUGCUAGUGUGAUUGAUAAUUACUAUAGAACUCUAAAGAAAAGUAAUGAUAAAAAAGAGAAAAGAAAGAAAACAGAGAGAGAUAGCAUUGAUAUUGAUUUGAACGAGAAAGCUGAUUCAAAAUAAGAGGAAGUUAAAGAUUACUAAGAAAAUAUAUAAAAUAAGGCUAUUUUCAAGAACAGACAUAGAUCUCGAGGAACACAUAUUUAAAAUUAAAGCUAAACCAAAAAUCGAACUUAGUCAAGCCUAAUGAAAAUUAGAUUUAUGGAUUCAGCAUCUAAAUAUUCUGCCCUCAAUGCCACUGCAGCAACGCUAUUUGAAAAUAAUUAUUCCAGCUUGGCUAAGUCAUUUAAUAAGACAGCCAUGUCUAAUAUUAGCAAAGACUUUUAGAUGAACUUUGAAAAUUAAGGUUAAUCCAGAAAUUCAUUGCAAGAAAAAAUUAGCUCUUUGAUGUUAAAAAGCAAAACUAUCAUGAAUAAAACUAGGGUAUCAGAAUUUAAAAAUGAAAGUAACUAGGUCUAAAAGUUUAGAGAAACUCAGCAUUUAAAUAGCAUACUUAAUAAAGAUUACGGAAUAAAGUUGAAUGAGUAAUCGAUUGAUCCUGAGUCCUCUUAACUUUUGCAAAACUAUAUGAAUGUGUCUACUUCAAUUAACAAAGCUUAAUUUAUCACAAACAAAAGAAAGGAACUGGAUAAAUCUUUUAUUUAAGCAGUGAAUGAAGAGGAAAAAAUUUAAAGAGAUAACAUAAAUCAAAUUAUCAAGGACUUGGAGCUUGAUAUUGAUGAAUCACGAUUCACUAUGAAAGAAGAAGUAAUAUUAGAAAUGUAGGAAUUCAAAUUAGACUUCUAAAAAAUGCAAUCAAGGAUACAAGAUAUGAAAAGUCCUAAUUUUUGGCUUUAAAAGGCCAUUUAAUAAUGUAAUAAUGACUCAGUUGAGUCGUCCAUUGAUUACUAUAAAUAAGGGCUAAGAGUUAAUCCAACUAGUGAAAUUUUACUUUACAAUUUAGCUUGCUAAUUUUAGAAAAUUGGAAAAUUUGAGAACUCUAUUAGAUGGCUGAAGCAUUCCCUAAAUAUUAAGCCUCAGUGGACUGAUGCUUAUUAUGGCUUGGCAAUUACUAAAUUCAAAAUGCAAAAGUAUGAUCUUGCUCUAAAGAAUAUUGAGCUAGCAAUUGAAACUCAUUAAGAGUAAUUUAUUUUUAUUCAUUUAUUCUAGUGCUCUUAGCUGAUGAAUUUUUGUGCAAAGACUCAAAAGCAUGUGGACAACAAGAAAUAUCUUAGCAGUUUCUUUAAUAAGCAAAAAAAGAAUCUCGAGUAUGAUUUAAAUAGACCUGCAAUCUUAGAGCUACUUUCUUAGAAAUCUUUUUUCAAAAGACUUUCAGAAGAGACUAUUGAUUAAUACCUGACUAAAUCAUAAAUUGUAAAGUAUGAAAAAGAUGAUUUGAUUUUCCUGAAUAAAAGAGUGGGCAUCAUUACAAAUGGAUCAGUGUCAGUAAGAAACCACACUGAAUAAAUAAUGAAGCCCAGAAUAUUGUGCAAAGCUCUGGAGGGUUAGAUUUUGGGUUACGAUGAAAUAGAUAAAGAAAACAUGUCGACUCACUCUUAAACUUGGCUAGUGGCUUUGGAAACAACAGAGAUAGUGUUUUUUAAGAAAGAAACAUUCAAAAAGAUUUGGGACUCAUAGAGGCUUAAAACAAGUAAUCAAAUAGCACUUGCAUUGAUCGAAAAGAAUUUAUUCUUUUCUUAUCUAAGCAAGCAAAGUUUAUACUUCUUUAUAUAUGAAGGGAUGAAAGAAAUUUAUUACUAUCCUGGAUAAUUGAUUGCGGUUUAAUCAUUAAGAUCUGUUCUCAAUAAAUCAUACUUGCUCUUCUAUUAAAAUAUAGUCCUGGAUGAUGAAUUGAUGCACACUAUUCCCCAUGGAGAAAUAUUUGGAAAGUCUUUCAUUAUUAAACAUCCUAGCUAUGAGUAUUUCGGAGAUAUUUAUGCAGGUGAGAAUGGAGUAACAAUCUAUUUCUUUGAUUAUGAAUUGAUGAAGAGAAUACCAGUUAUCGAAAUACAGAAUAUCAUAUAAAGUAAUAUUCUGAGAAAGAAGGACGGUAUUUUCCAUAUGAUAGCCUCAAGAUUCAAAAUGGAUAUAAGUGAAUUGAAGAAGUACUGA